CGUGGCCGGGGGUGUGUCCCCGCGUCUUGCUGGCUGGCUUGCGGGCGGACUGGCUGCGAGCGGCUUGGUGCGCUCCCUUCCCGGGCGGGGGAAUCCGGGCCGGGUUGUGGCCGCGGCCGCGUACGUGAGCGCUGUGUCCCGGAGAGGGAGGGCAGGCCGGCCAGGUGGGCGCGAAGGCGGCGGCGGCGGGAGGCGGCGCAGUGCAGGGGCCGCGCCGGUGGCGGGCAGGGCCGCGGCCGCUGCAGGGAGCCGAGCUGUCCGGGCCAGUGGCCGACCGAGGCGCAGCCGAGUAUCCAGCAUGCUGUCCCGACGUCUUGGUAAGCGCUCCCUCUUGGGAGCCCGGGUCUUGGGACCUAGUGCCUCUGAGGUGCCACUGGGGGCCAGCCUGCCCUUGGAGCCACAGGUAGAAGUGCCGGAAGGAGCCGCACCCCAGCCCUCACUCACCUCUAAGGACCCUGUGUGCCAGGAGCAGCCCAAGGAGGUCCUCAAGACUCUGGGAACCUCAGGCCAUCCACAGGUGGCCUUUCAGCCUGGACAGAAGGUCUGUGUGUGGUAUGGGGGUCAGGAGUGCAAGGGCCUGGUGGAGCAGCACAGCUGGGCGGAGGACAAGGUGACAGUGCGGCUGCUGGACCAGAAGUUGCAGAUUUGCUGUAAAGUGGAAGAGGUGUGGCUGGCAGAGCUGCAGGGUCCCACAUCCCAGGUGCCAACCUACAGACCCGUAUCUAGGAACAUCGAUGUCCCUAAGAGGAAGUCGGAUGCCGUGGAGAUGGACGAGAUGAUGGCCGCAAUGGUGCUGACAUCUCUGUCUUGCAGUCCUGUUGUGCAGAGUCCUCCUGGGGCCGAGCCCAUCUUCUCUGUUUCCCGUGCAGCCUGCGGUGACCCGUGGAAGGAGAGCGGUGACGUGUCAGACAGCGGCAGCAGCACUACCAGCGGGCACUGGAGCGGGAGCAGUGGCGUCUCCACCCCCUCACCUCCCCACCCUCAGGCCAGCCCCAAGUACCUAGGUGAUGCCUUUGGGUCUCCCCAAACCGAUCAUGGCUUUGAGACGGAUUCUGACCCGUUCCUGUUGGAUGAACCAGCCCCACGCAAGAGGAAGAACUCCGUGAAGGUGAUGUACAAGUGCCUGUGGCCCAGCUGUGGCAAAGUUCUGCGCUCCAUCGUGGGCAUCAAACGGCACGUGAAAGCCCUCCACCUGGGGGACACUGUGGACUCUGAUCAGUUCAAUCGGGAGGAAGACUUUUACUAUACAGAGAUGCAGAUGAAGGAAGAAUCUGCUCUGGCUUUGGCUGCCCCCCCUGCCCCUGGGACACCCAUCGGCGAGCCAGCCCCCACCUCCCGUGUGACCAGCCCGUCCCUUGCUGCUCUUUCAUUGCCUCCACCCAAAGUCCAGUCCUCUGGCUCUGAACACCCUGGCCUGGAGUCUCCCCUGCCUUCAGUUGCACUCAGCAAGUCAGCUCCUGGCUCUUUCUGGCACAUUCAGGCUGACCAUGCAUACCAGGCUCUGCCGUCCUUCCAGAUCCCCGUCUCUCCCCACAUCUACACCAGCAUUAGCUGGGCUGCUGCCCCUACCACCACCUCCCCGCUCUCUCCGGUCCGCAGUCGGUCACUCAGCUUCAGCGAGCCCCAGCAGCCGCCGCCCACAGUGAAGUCUCACCUGAUUGUCACCUCCCCACCCCGGGCUCAGAGCAGCUCCAGGAAAGCCCGCGGAGAAGCCAAGAAGUGCCGUAAGGUGUACGGCAUAGAGCACCGGGACCAGUGGUGCACAGCCUGCCGGUGGAAGAAGGCCUGCCAGCGCUUCCUGGACUGAGCCUGCCUCUCCCAGCCCCACUCCUUACCCUGCCUGGCAACCAGGAGGUCUCCAGGCCUGCAGCCAUCAGCAGAACACAGAGAGAUGUGGAGUGGAUGUGGGCCGCUGGGACUCCUUUGGCUAAGAUUUAACACUUAAAAACACUUUCUCCCCCUUGUGGGAAUGUUUUAUUUAAAAAAAAAACAAAAAAACAAAAAAAAAAGAAAAACAAAAAAAAAAAAGAAAAGAAAAGAAAAUAUUUUUUUCCCCCUAAAAUAGGAGAGAGCCAAAAUUGACCAAGGGUAUUCUGCAGCGAACCAGAGACCAAAGAAUUAUCCACCCCCACCCCCCGCCCUCUUGGGGACUAGUUUGUGUGCAUCAAAAGUAGGCCAAGAUGCCUUGCCCAUUUUUGUGCUGAGCUGGUGAAACCUUUGCUCCUUUAAUUGUUCCAGAAUGGACUGUGAGCAAAAUUAAUUUCCUUCUUAGAAAAAAGAAAAGCCCUCUCUGGCAGGUGGAUGACCCAGGGAGCAGUAGCAGGGCUCCGAGAAAAGCAGGCGGCUGGCUGUACUUGGCGAGAUGCAGGGUUACUUCUGUGGGAGCAGCCUCUGGGGACGGAAGAGGGACACCCUUUUACCGUGUCAACUUUUGGAUCUGGCUCCCCUCAGAUGUUGGGUUGCUUGUAAGUAAACAUGUGGCUUCUUCUCAAACACUGAACCAAAAGGCUAAUACAAAUUAAGUUUGAGAAUGUGGCCUUGAAACACUACCCGUGAGUAUCCUUCCAGCUCUGAGAGGAAGUGUGGAGGGUCUCCACAGAAACUGCUCCCUCUGAGUGAAGUCCUUCCUGAGGCCUCUUCCCUCCAGUGCCACAGAGGCUUUAGAAUGUCUGGUCCUGUCUGCGGUGGGGGUCUUUGAUGUUGAAGCCUUCUUUCCUGAGUGGGCUAUGGGAGAUCCUAGCAGACUCUGCCUGCGCCUGCUGAACAUUGCUUCCCAGACCCAGCCCAGGGAGUCAUGGGCUCAGGGAGUUCCACCAGGCCACCUCUCCAAGGGCUGGGCAGUUGUUACGGAGACCAUCCUCCUGACCACUGAGGGUCCACUGGUGACAUUAAUUACAUGGGAAACACAUGUCUGCUUUUCAGUCUGAGACACACUAAGUACACUUAAGAACCUAAGAGACUGUGUAUGUGAUGUGAAGGCUGUAGUGGUAGCCUGGGCUGCUGACGGAGGGAAGAGACACCAGUGUCUUUGGUAGGGAUUUGUUUUUAUAACAAACCUAACCCGCCAGAGGCUGCCCUGGGUUCUUCUGCCCCUUCAACCUUAUGGAUAAUUAAAAGCUGGCAGCAGAAGUCUCUUUUCUCUCCUUACUUCCCAUGAUGCUCAGCUUCCAAUCUUACUGGAGAGGGGAGGGGACUAUAGAGACAGAUAGACCUCACCAGGAAACUCUCCUCUCCCCUUCUUAAUCCCAGUGUGGACUAAGCCUCCACUUCAGCAGAGGCAUUGUAAUCCCCCAGCCUCGGUUUGGAGUGUGCAGAUGUAACUGACCAUAAUAAUUUUCUCCAUUCGAAUCAGGCUUCCUAUGCCAUUGGCUUGCCAGGCAGAGAAGGAAGAGGAUAAAGAAAAAGAAAAAAGAAAUAGAUGGGAUGGCUUAGAAACUGAGAGAGUUUUGAUUUUGUUCAGUUCUGUUUUAUUCUGUUUCUGUGCAGCCUUCCACUGUUGGCAAUCGUUCUCUCUCUUCUGGCGGUGGUGGCCUCCCGCCCACUGUUGUCUCGCCCCCUCCUCCCCCGUGCUCCUUCAUCUUGAUGCUUUCAUGUUGGUUCCUGUCACAUGGUCUGGCUUUGGGUUUGGAGGGCAAGGGUGGCUUGUGAGCACACCCAGCCGUCAGGCCCACUUCCUUCAUCUCUAGCUCCCUGCCUCCCAGCCCCCUGGGUUUGGAACCUGACUGGGUGAAGGUGCCACAGGUGUGCUUCUGAAACCAACAGGCCCUAGUUUGCAAGUAGUUGUCCUGGAAACUGUCUAGCCGUGUUUCCGUUGUUCGGAGCGCUCUCAGAGUUCCUUUCAGACUUGGUGCCAUGUUGGGAGCAGCCUCAAAUGAGUCUGCAUCAUUCCCAACUCCGUUCUGCAAGUCCAGGGUUACUGUCUGUGGCCAGCCGAAGUCUCAGGUACAGAGCCAAAGGGCUCUCCGGUAACAUAAGGCUUGGAUCGAUGAUAAGGCUUUUAACCUGGCCCUGGAAGCAGUUUUUGUCUCUUCAGACAGUGCUGCGAGCAAUGGCUGCCUUGUCACAGUGAGUGUAUAGCUCGACGCCUUAGAGUACCCUGUGAAAUUGGAUAUGGAAACGGAUUUGGUGGAAGAAAUCUGUUUUGUUACUUUCUGGUCACCCCAGGUUCUGACUUUAGCAGGGGCAAAAAAAUAAAUAAAAAAUAAAAGUAAAAAAAAAAAAGAUUAAAGCAAAACAAGAAGGGAAAAGAAUCCCAUCUGUGAAUUUGUCUUAUCGGCGCUUCUUCCCCUCCCCCACCCCAGCCCCGCUGUCUUCCAAGUAUUAUUUUUACUGUUAAGAUUUUUUUUUAAAUGUGAAAUGAAAUGUAAUGUUUUUACAGCAAUGAUAUGAAAUAUAUUUUAUAAGGAAUAAAAUGGUACAUUGUCUGA